GCCAUUGCCUUGGCUUAAGCCAAUUUAGAUGGUUAGAACUCUCACUGACUACAGGAAUAACCGGCCGUUGGCGUGGAAGUGGCCGUGACCGUGAGUUUAAACGUGAAAGUGUUAUCAUUAUUUUAAUUCCAACCGAAAAUGUAUUCGUUUAAAUUAAUUCUUGCGGUUUGUUGUGUGGCUGUUGGCUUUUUAGUUUGUGCGAAAGGUUAUCUUCUCAAAGGUCCUUCGUGGUGUGACAGGGACUUAUGUCCCAAUGGCGGCAGACACAUAGCUUGUAACAACGAUGGGAAUUUCAGUCCAGCUUGUCAGCCGGAUGUUGUCGUUCUCAACAUCAAGCCCUUCAAAUCGAUGAUUCUGCAUGAGCAUAAUAAGCGCAGGAAUUUCAUUGCACUCGGUCUUCUGCCAGGCUAUUACCCAGCUACAAGAAUGGCAACUAUGAAGUGGGAUGAUGAACUGGCAUAUUUGGCACUAUUGAACUUGAAAACUUGCAAUCUCGACCAUGACGAGUGUUACAAUACCUACCGUUAUCGGAAUUCCGGCCAAUGUCUGUACGGGUUGUACUCGAAGAGGUCCCACAUCAAUAUGACUAACUUGUUGGAGCAGGCCGUCGGCGGCUGGUUUAGUGAGUACAAUCUGAUUGACAGCAGCUACAUUUCGAGUUUUCGCGUCGAGAAGCAUUUCAAGGAGUAUGGCCAUUUCGCUGAGAUUGUUGUUGAUCGCAACACCCAUGUUGGAUGCGCUGCAAUUCGAUUUACAAGGCCUGAUUAUCCGCACGUGUAUAUUGUUAAUAUUGCUUGUAAUUAUGCAUCGAUUUAUGCACUGGACACGCCCGUUUAUAGGGUGGGGAAGCCGGUGUCAAAGUGUCGGACUGGCAGAAAUCCGUACUAUCCCGGAUUGUGUUCUAAGAAGGAAAAAUAUAAUCCUAACUAUUCUUGAUGUCAACAUAAUGAUUUUUUUUGUUUGAGAAAGUACAAAAUUUUAUUUAUUUUUAAA